AUGGUUACUAUUAAAAAAUUUGAUGCUUCAAUCAUUGCAAAUUCACAUCGUAAAUCUGAUGCAGAGAAAUCGCUCUAUGUUGAUGCACAAGAAAAAGCAUCUGACGAGUCAUAUGUACAUGAAUUCAAAGAAUUCGCUGGUGUGACAAUAAUAAUACGAACAGUUCAUAAUCCAAGAGCUUUCGGAAAUUCAGAUAUACAAGGAAAAGCUGGUGCACAAGAUGUCCGACGAAAAUCUGAUCUUCCACAAUCUCAAUUAAAUAAGCAUGAAACAAUUAACCACGGAGACAAAAGUGGUCAUACAGCUGCUGAGGAAGUUGAACGUAAGCAAAUAUUUCUCGAAAAUGUAAAUCAAAUUCGUACCUUUAAACGACUUCAUCCAAAUGCAACAUUCACAAUUGGUAUCAAUCAUUUGGCUGAUCGACGCAUUGAAGAACUUGUCUCAUCUUCAAAACACUAUAUUAAACUCCAUUCUGGAAAUAUGGAAAAUUCUCUUGAAUCAUUCGAUGUACCUGAUUCAUUCGAUUGGCGUACAAAAGGCGUCAUCUCCCCAGUAAAAGAUCAAGGUAUAGUUGGAGAUGCAGAAGCCUUCGCUGCUGUAGAAGUUAUUGAAAGCUUGCAUGCUAUUCAAACGGGAAAACUGAUAGAAGGAAGUGUUGCUCGUGUCGUCGACUGUUGUCCACAACCAGUUGAUCCAUUUCAAUGCAUCAUGAAACUAGGUGGCAUAUGUAGCGCUGGUGAUUAUCCGACACCUACUGGUCAAUGCAUACCAAAUCAAUGUACACCAUUUGCUCAUUUAAUUAUUUUUUCUGUCUUACUGGUUGUGGUUUCCGGUAGUUCGUCAAUCGAUUGGCAUAAGUUUAAACGUGAUUAUAAUAAGCAUUAUAAAUCAGCUGCUGAGGAAGUUGAACGUAAGCAAAUAUUUCUCGAAAAUGUAAAUCAAAUUCGUACCUUUAAACGACUUCAUCCAAAUGCAACAUUCACAAUUGGUAUCAAUCAUUUGGCUGAUCGACGCAUCGAAGAACUUGUCUCACCUUCAAAACACUAUAUUGAACUCCAUUCUGGAAAUAUGAAAAAUUCUCUUGAAUCAUUCUAUUUACCUGACUCAUUCGAUUGGCGUACAAAAGGCGUCAUCUCACCAGUGAAAGAUCAAGGUGUAGUUGGAGAUGCAGAAGCCUUCGCUGCUGUAGAAGUUAUUGAAAGCUUGCAUGUUAUUCAAACGGGACAACUGGUAGAAGGAAGUAUUGCUCGUGUCGUCGACUGUUGUCCACAACCAGUUGAUCCAUUUCAAUGCAUCAUGAAACUAGGUGGCAUAUGUAGCGCUGGUGAUUAUCCAACACCUACUGGUCAAUGCAUACCAAAUCAAUGUACACCAUUUGCUUAUGUAGCUGCUGAGGAAGCUGAACGUAAGCAGAUAUUUCUCGAAAAUGUAAAUCGAAUUCGUACCUUUAAACGACUUCAUCCAAAUGCAACAUUCACAAUUGGUAUCAAUCAUUUGGCUGAUCGACGCAUCGAAGAACUUGUCUCAUCUUCAAAACACUAUAUUAAACUCGAUUCUGGAAAUAUGGGAAAUUCUCUUGAAUCAUCCGAUGUACCUGAUUCAUUCGAUUGGCGUACGAAAGGUGUCAUUUCGCCAGUGCAAAACCAAGGUGUUCUCGCAGACGUUGAAGCCAUCGUUACUGUAGAAGUUAUUGAAAGCUUGCAUGCUAUUCAAACAGGACAACUCGUAGAAGGUAGUGUUGCUCGUGUCGCUGACUGUUGUCCACAACCAGUUGAUCCUUUUCAAUGCAUCAAGAAACUGGGUGGCAUAUGUCGUGCUGCUGAUUAUCCGACACCUACUGGUCAAUGCAUACCAAAUCAAUGUACACCAUUUGCUCAUUUACAACUUGUUGGUUACGGUAAAACAGCUUCAGGAGACCUUUUCUGGAUAUGCAAAAACAGUUGGGGCGUUAAUUGGGGUGAAAAAGGUUAUAUACGUAUCCUACGUGGACAAAAUACUUGUGGAAUUGCCUCUUACGUCGUACAAGUUGCAUAA